AUGGAUGUAAAAGACAGCGGCGCGGCAGCGGCAGGUUUUCAGGCGCGAUGGACAUCUCUGCUACCUAAACCUGAUGAACCUGAAGAAUAUGCAAAAGGAUUAUGGACAACAAUGCUAUCGAAAAUGAUUAAUCGUGAAGAAGAUUUCGAUAAAGCAAAUUUUGUUUUAACUGUCGAUACUCAACGUGGUUUACAAUCUCUAUUUGAUUAUAUUAUUUACUUAGGCAUUAAGCCUUAUCAAGUUUUAUCAUAUUUUUUUCAAUCAAAUCGUAUACUUACAGAUUCUGGUAUGACAACAAUUGGUACAUAUUUAUUAAAAUUAUUUAAACAUCAAAUAACAAGUUGGCUUGGUAUAACACAACAUUUUAUAAUUGAUAAUGUUGGUGAAAUAAAUUCUGUUGAACAAUGUCGUCCAAUUGUUGCAUCUUUAAGUACUGUUCUUGAUUUAUGUAGUCGUGAAAAAGAUAUGCGUCAACAUUAUGGUCGACAAUUUAUUGAUGGUAUAUAUACAUGUUGGCCACAAUUUUCUUCACUUUAUUAUUCAACAAAUAUUGAUGAUAAAUUAUUAAUAGUAACAUUAUUAACAAAAACAUUUACAAUUGAUAGUCAUCAAUUAAUAUAA